UCACCGGGCGACCGAGGACGAUGACGGCGUUAGACAUGGCUAAGCGUGAGAACCCUGUCUCUCUCGCUGCAGAGGUGCAGAAUCAGCCUUGUCGUCCAAGACACGGUGCUAUCUUGGGUUCGUACGCCUCCCUGCCUGCCUGCCUGCCUGCGUGCUGCUAUUACUGCCGCUGCCGCCGCCGCUGCAGCAGUGGGUGGUGCUGAUAUCGAAGCCCAGUGCAACCAGCCGAUAAUAGACACUUGGGAGUCUCUGCUUCGUCCUUGAAGCACAACCAUAUCGCAAGGCAGCGGCAGUACCAUUAACCAGUACCUCGCAGAGAGCAGCAGCGCCUGGGUCGGCAGCAACGCGCAUGGUGGUGGGGGGGGCCUCUCUGUGUAUUACUCUGCUUCCAGAAAUGUUUUCUCGGCGCAAAUCGCCAUGCAGCUGCACCACCCUCUUCCAUGUCGACUUGCAGAGGCACAUCGCAAAACAAAAACCAAUUCGGGUUCCUCGAUUCUGUUUCAUUCGUACAACCACCCACCCAUGCUUAUCCCAUCCUAUCGCGCAUCAGCCCUGCUGCACCUCAUCAACCCAAAGUAUGGGGACAGGGUCGGCGGUGUCCAUUUCAAGAGAUGAUUCAGUCGGGAAGGAUGAAGAUGACUCUUUCGACCCAGUUCCCCAUGGCCGUGCUGUAUGUACCAUGACCUGCCCUGGUAUCCCAGCAUCCAUCACACCCCCAUCCCCAUCCACACACCACCACCUUCGAUGCCCUGUCCACUGUACACACACACGCCCCCUCCUCCCCAGCCCGUUUUUUGGCCUCUCACGCCCUUUCUUCGCAUGCUCACUUCUGGGUAUCUCGCAUUCUCUCAUCUCACACCUUUUCCCUUGCUGCGCCUUACAGGGCCAUGAUGGUAGGUGCAAGGCACCCUUUCCUGGUCUUUGCCCUGCGCCAUCAGGUCCUCUGUAUGCAUUUCGCUCUAAUGCACAAGAUGCAGCUUUAGUCAUUGGUCUCACUCAGAUGACAUCCGCCGUCCAUUGUCAAGGUCCACUGCUGCCUUAGACCUGGGACGUUUCUCUGCGAACUGUCUCCCGUGUGACGGUUGCCAGGCUGCCAGACCUAUAAGGCCGUGAUGCCUUCGCUCGUUUCCAUCUCUCUGUCUCCUAUCAGUCCCUGUAUAAUCCAUCACGAUCACAAUCACUUGAGUUUCCUUUCCUAUUUCCUUUGCCUGCCUCGUCUCCCUUGCUUCUUUGC